AUGGGGUACAAAACUUUCACCUACAAGCAACCGAUUCAGCACGCUGGAACGCGCCUCUCUCGGAAGGACUUCAGGAGGUACCGCGAUCAAGUCCGGUACGAAUCCAACAGAGAUGCCUUCCCACGCGACAUGGAACCGGCUGCAAUGAUCAACGAGGCAGGUUUCAAUAGCGAGAGAAUGCACAGCACCGGAGUCCACACCAACAGGAAUGAUGUUGGUACCAACAGAUUAUUGGAGGGCAUUCAACGCAGCGCGACACGCCCACCGCAGCGCGCGGGAACGCGCCCCGAGCUUUCGGCAACAAAUCAAACUCCGCUGGGAAACAAUCGCGGCCAGAUCUCAAAGCCGUCAAACAAACAGGACCCUCAACUCUCGCCAGGGGAGAAGCCGCUACCCAAUCUCGAUGAUCCAGAUACUCAGCUGAAGUCACCAGCUGUGAACGUCGAACGUCUUACGACUGGUGGGCUGUCUUCCACUGUGCGAUCCCGUAAGCGGGCAGACUCCGCUCACGACGUCGGUGCGGAAGUGGAUCAAGAUCAUCUUUCGAAGCGUCAAUGCAUGGACGAUCCGAACGAGUUCUGCAACCCUCGAGCACCCGCACAGGCGAGCAGGGCGCGAGAUAACAUCUUGUCUGCACAAGACGGUGUGAAUGGCUCAGAGAUGCCGGUCGUUGCCCUGCCUGGCAAGACUGGUGCCACAGCUGCAAUAGCAAAACUUUCUCACACGACAGAAGAACGCACCCUCCUCUUCACCAUCAGCCGCUCCAAGUGCCACGCGCUUAAGAUGGCGGAGCUGUUGUCUGAACAAUCCAACGUGCGCAACAUGAGUCCCGAAGAACCAAAGGACAUGCUGGCCAAGAGCGAGACCCCCGUCGAAGGAGAAAACGGCAUGAACGUCGACAAGUCUGGUGCUCCUGGAAAGGCGAAACAAAGCUCUUCCGCCCAGAACGCAUCGGCCAACGCUUCUACCGAGGGCAUCAUCUCGAUUGCCAAAGAUAUCAGCAGGCGGUACUUUUCCGACAAGGAGACUGCUCUCGCCAUCCAGAACCUGAUGCAAAACCUGCCCAAGAUGAAUUACAACGAAGCGCAGUCAGUCUACCAAGCAAUUCUCAAAGCCGAGAGGGAGAAACGUCGCGAAGCAUAUCUGGCUUGCGAGUGGUCCGACGAUGAAAGCAAGAAUCGCCGCAGCCUGCAGCCAAGCUUCAUCGUCUAUCUCUACACUCCAGAGCCCUGCGGCGACUUUGAGCCUGAGAAGUGGACCCACGAAUGGAUCCAGACUCCGAUGGGAAACUACAUGAUGAAGCUGCAUCGAAUUGUCGUACAUCGCACACAGCAAGAUCGGUGGUGGGGCAACAUCAUCGAGGAAAUAAGCGUCGAAGAACUCAACGAUCUGUCAGCGUACGAGAGGAGCGCAUACCACAAGAUCAUCGAUGCGAAGACGGGCAGCGCACUACAAGCAGGUGAGAACGACUCGAGUGUGGCGUUCCAGACCGACGGUCCACUCACACUCAACGACCGCUUCUUUCUGAACCUGUCCUGCCGCUCGUUUUCCUACGGCGAGAUGAUCCAGAACACGGGCACUCGAAUGUUGCCAGCGCACUUCCAGCACUUCUGGGACAAGGCCCAGAGCGUGACUUCUGGAGUUGACUACGAGGAGUACGACUACGAGGAGCACGACUACGAGGAGUACGGCUACGAGGAUUACGGCAUUCAAGCUGAAGAUCUGGGUUUCGCAAGGGGCGCGGAUGGUAGCUUAAUCCUGUCUGUGGGCAAGACCGCAGAGAUGAGCAUCCCAACCGACGCUCUCAAGACGGAGACGCAGUGCGAGGACCUGGCUCUCCGUGAAAAGAAGAAGGAACUGUCUGCCAGCAUUGAAGAGUAG